AUGGAAUCGCGAGAUGAAUGGAGACGCGCAGAUGCAUCCUCGCAUCCACGUGGCUUCCCUCCUCCCCCCCAUCCCCUUCUUCCCCCUUCUCCCUCUUCCCCCGCCUCCCCCAUUCCCAGUCCACCUUGGGUCCCCGUGGGAACACGUCCCAAACUCCGCAACGUCCUCAUCGGAUUCGUGGACUCUCGGAAGAUGAGAGGGUUGGUGGUCGUCUUCCUCUGCUGCGUCGUGCCCGUUCCGGCCCAGGAAUUCCCCAAAAGUGGAAACUCUCCUGAUCUGAAUGCGGCUGAGAACAUUGGGGUUAUCCUGAAGACGGAGUUGAGGUUCAUGCACAUGGAGGGCAAGCAGAAUGGAUUCUCCCGGGAAGCCUUGCAAAGCGACAUCACCAGGGGGUUGAAGGACGUGGAAGAUGACACCGAACUCUUUAAGCGCCUCUUUUCAUCUUACCCCGCUCGUAUUAAAGCUUUAAGAGACAGAGGCAGGGGAAUGCAGAUAAAUUGCACGAGCGAGUCCUGCGAGGAGCUGUGCAGGCCUGGCUUUGCCAAAGAAGAGUGCUGCAAGCACUGUCAUCCUCAGCCCCUAGCACAAGGGCUGACGUCUGGCGGCGAGGAGGGCCCCUCGUGCAAGCACAACGGGAGAACGUACCGGUCUGGGGAGUACUUCACGUCCAACACAACGGGGCUCACGCCCUCUGGCAGGGGGGAGUGCGUCUCCUGCACCUGCGAGUGGGGGCUCGUGAUGUGCAAGCUGAAGAAGUGUCUGGGACAGGGGAACUGCAAGAGCCUCUCGCGGGAACCAGGCGACUGCUGCCCCGCCUGUCCAGAUCAAAGGUUUCCAGAGGAUGAGGCCCCGUUGGUGACGUUCGCGAGGACGACGCCCAAGUCCAGGGAAUUCGGCAAGGACUGCACUUACGACAGCGACAGGCACUACAAACACGGCGCUCGGUGGAAUCCCUCGAUGGGGCCGUUCGGCAUCAUGGCGUGCGUUGUCUGUUCGUGCGCGAACGGCGUUAUCUCCUGCCGUCGCCUGAAAUGCCCCUCCACCCGAUGCGAACGCCCUCUCGUCUACCUCCCUGGCAUGUGCUGCCCCGCAUGCCCCAAGGACGAGGAGGCGGCGGUGGGAGGGAAGGAGCUGCAGGCGUCCGACCGCUUCUGCAUCCCCCGGGCGGCGCCCUUCCUCGUCUACAAGGCCCUCACGCACGGAGAGGACGGACGCGUCACCGUGCAGUUCUUCUUCCGACCGGGAGAGCCCGGAAUAGAAGGAAAAUCCAUCGAGGAACACAUCUGGGGAUUCUCGGACCGAGGGAUCGAGUCCUUCAACACCAAGGAUCUCACCGAGGCCCAGUUCCAGGGAUUCAACAAGGUCUUCGUGCUCGGUGCCACGUCAAAACGGAACAUCUACCGCUUCACGAAGAAGGAGAAACGAUUCUACGAGCGGUGCAAGAAGCGGUGCGACUCGAAGCUGCACCGGCUGGAGGCAGCGUUGAAGCUCCGACCAGCCUCCACCCCGCGAGGGCCCUGCGCCCCGCACGAGAUCCAGGUGUGA